AUGCAUCUCAUCAAAUUCGACCAAACUCAGUAUGACAACAUAGUUACCAACCUGCUGUCCUUCCCUCUACAGACAGGACCCCUCACCUCACCUCAAACCACCUCACAGGUGCCCCAUUCUCCUUACCCCCUCAUUCCCUCUGCCCCCAAUUCCACCAUGCCCAGUAUAUCUGUCUCCCUCUCCCUAAAACCCAUGAGUUCCCUCUCCUCCUUCCUCUCCUCUCUGUCUUCUCUUCCUCACACCGUCAGAGACACUGAGGUCCCCCUUCUCUUCCGUGAGCCCUAUAUCCUGUCUGGCUACCGGCCCAUGGGCCAUUCCUGGAGCAUCUACUUCCUCAGCCUCUUCCAGAUACACAAUGAGACAAUCAACGUGUGGAGCCACUUGCUGGCCGGAGUCUGCGUUGCGCUGAGGUUCUCUGUUUUUGCUGGUCUCGUGGGCCUGACCCUGAAUGGACCAGACGGGCUGGGUCUUUACCUGGACCUGGCCUGUCUACCGCUGGUCUACUACGUCCUGUCUCUUCUGACCUACUUGUGCUGCAGCGCUACAGCCCACCUGCUCCAGUCCCACUCCCAGCUGGCCCACUAUGCCCUAUUCUUCCUGGACUAUGUGGGAGUGGCUGUGUACCAGUACGGCUGUGCCCUGGCUCUAUACUUCUACAGCUCUGAUCCCGCAUGGAGAAGCAGUCGAGUAGGAGAGGUGUUCCUCCCUGCAGCAGCUCUCCUGGCUUGGUUGUCCUGUGCCUGCUGCUGCUUUGCCAAACUCAGUUACCUCCACCCGUACCCACUCCAUCGUAAGCUGUGCCAGGUCGUGCCAACCGGUCUGGCGUACCUGCUAGACAGCAGUCCUGUGGCACAUAGACUGGUCAGCAGGACCUGGGGAGACGACCCUGCUAUGACCCUACACGCAAUACAGGUGUUGCUGUUCCUCCUGGCAGCGUUCUUCUUCUCCUGUCCCAUGCCUGAGCGUUUCUUUCCUGGGCACUGUGACAUCAUCGGCCACGGGCACCAGCUCUUCCACUUCCUCCUCUCAAUCUGCACGCUGACCCAACAGGAAGCUGUGUUUGAGGACUUCCUGUCCCGGCGGGCGUCCCUGACGAGGGAGUACGGGGAGUGCCGCCUACUGGUGGCAGCCGUGUCAUUUCCUGCCCUGGUGUUCUGUAGCGUGCUGACAGCUGUGGUCAUGAGGAGAUUGGUGGAGAGGAGGCUGAGGAAGGAGGACAGUUGGGGGGAGGAGGUAGAGAGAGAAUAG